GUCUUUGCUGCUUUCCUUUCCUUCUCCGUGGUCCCAGCCCCUCCUCGUCACCAGGCUCUGUCUGAUAACAUUCGUUCUCGUUGUCGAUUCCAUUCGCUUUUGCCGACGACUUUCUUGCCCAGUCGCACACGCUUCCGCCAUUCCAUAAUCCUCUGGGUCUAAUAAUACCUAAUUCCUCGACCUCGACCUCGAUCUCGAUACGAUUUUAAUUCGCCUUGAUAUUUUCUCACAAAAACACCACACAUCCAAAAUGGUUUCCCUGAGGUCAACUCUCAUGGCGGCUGCCGCCAUUGUCGCCGGCGUCCAGGCCGACUACUUCAUUCAGCCCUCGAGCGUGCCGCUGGGCACCCGGAACGCGUGGUGCACGAGCCAGAAGACCCAGUGCCCACCGAUCUGCCUCGACAUGGACCCUGCCUCAGGCAGGCCAAUCAAGAACACCUGUGACGCCGCCACCCUGAACUACGAGUGUCUCUGCGGAAACAACGUCGCGCCCAACCUCACCGAGUACUCCCUCACCAUGCCGUACCACAAGUGCGUGCAGUUCCAAGAAAACUGCGUCGGUAACUGCGGUCUCGCCAACAACGCUUGCGCCGACUCCUGCCGCAAGGACAUCAAGUGCGGCGCUGCGAGCCCCAAAGGAGCCACCAACAUCACGGCGUCGAGCACAGCCGGUGGCAGCGCCGCCGCCACGUCGACGACCUCCGGCCCCACGCUCCAGACCGGGUUCGGCAACGCCGGCGGCGGUGGUGGUUCCAGCUCCAGCAACUCGCUGCAGGCUUCGCUGUCCCUGGCCCUCGCCAUCACCGGCGUUCUCGUUGCCCCGCUCAUGCUGUAAGCAGGGCAUAAAAAUGGUGGGCGCGAUGGCCGGUCGUUCGCGUCGGGUAUUGGGGGCUCGACAUCACUGUCGCAAGACCAUCCCGGGUCUUGCGGCUAUUGUCAGUACGGGGUCAUGUUUCAUCGGUCCUAGGUUGAAGAGCAGGAACGAGCAAAAAGGAAAUUGACAAGCUUUAAUGGCGUGCAUUUCGAGCAUGUUUUUUUCUCGGAGUCGGCGUUGCUGCAUGGUUCUCGACUGUUGCAUCGGAACCCGUUAAUAUAUAUAGACGUCUCUCGACGUCGUGCUCUUGGGCUCAGGUUUAUGUCUCGCAUCGUCCCAGUGUCAAUUCCUUGGUCCACGCAU